AUGCCUGUGCAGCUGGAGCAGGCAGGCAGCCUGCUGCGCAACGCGCUGCUGGGCGCGGCGGCGGCGGCGCUGGUCGGCGGCGGCGCGGCGCCCGACGCGCUCGCGCCGCCCGCCUGGGCCGGCAUCGGCGGCGGCGCGGUGACCAACGCCAAGGCGCUGCUGCGCUACUCUCUGCCCGUGGACAACAAGCCCAUCAGGCAGAUCCAGCGGGACCUGGAGGCGAUCAGCGACGACCUGCGGGUGCCAGGCAGCAAGUCUCUGGGCCCCAUCGGCAGGCGCGUGCGUGCGGCCUCGUCUGUGCUGGAGCGCGAGGGCAGCGCCAUCACCGCCGCCUUUGCGGCCGACAAGAAAGCGGCGGGGCUGGCGGCUGUGGAGGGGCUGAAGCAGUCCCUGUCAGACUUCCAGGGCGUGCUAGACGCUCAGGACAAGCAGGCGGUACCGCUGGUGCAGCAGCAGUGCCUGGACUAUGUGGGGGCAGUGGAGGAGGCCAUGGUGGGGGCCUUCCCCUUUGAGGUGCCCAAGGAGUAUGCCGACCUGCCGCAGCUCAAGGGGCGCGCCACUGUGGAAAUGAAGUUCAAGUUCACCGAUGCGCGCGAGAACAACGCCACAGGCGGUACCAUGACCAUGGUCCUGGACGGAUACAACGCGCCCGUCAGCGCGGGCGACUUUGUUGACCUGGUGCGGCGCGGCUUCUACACAGGCAUGGAGAUCCAGCGCGCCGACGGCUUUGUUGUGCAGACCGGCAAGCCUGACGGCAGCAGCCAGGGCUUUGAGGUGGACGGCAAGGUGCGCACCAUCCCGCUGGAAGUGAUGGUGAAGGGGGACAAGGUGCCGGUGUAUGAGGAGACGCUGGAGGAUCUGGGGCGGUUCCGGGAGUCGCCGGUGCUGCCCUUCAACGCCUUUGGCACCAUGGCCAUUGCCCGCGAGGAGUUUGACCCCAACUCGGGCUCCUCGCAGUUCUUCUGGCUGCUCAAGGAGUCUGAGCUGACGCCCACGGGCGCCAACCUGCUGGACGGGCGCUACGGCGUGUUUGGAUACGUCACCGAGGGCUCGCAGCUGCUCAAGGAGAUGCAGGUGGGGGACAAGAUUGUGAGCGCCAAGGUGGUUGACGGCGAGGAGAACCUGGUGCUCCCAAAGUGAGGCGGCGCCACUCUCGUGUGGCAGCCGUCGUGGCGCACCCGACAGGCCUGCGCACCGCGCUGGCUGGCACAGCCGGGGCCUGUGCUGCGUGGCACGCGGCUGCUGCUGGCGCAGCCUGUGGCUUGCUGGCGCCCCGCGCGCCCGGCUGCCCUUUAUUCUUUUGCAAGUGGAGUGAUUAAUGCGAGACCAGCCCCAUGGGGCGCCCCCCCUUGCCUGCCUGCCUUUUUCCUUGUGCCAGCACUGUUUGUGAUGUGCGUGCUGUUCUGGGGGCACGCGCCCAGGUUUUGAGCCCUGCCCGUGGCUAUUGCUGCGUUACAUCUCUCAACACUUGACCCUCAAACUUGUAAGUGAUUGCCUGAGGGUUGGCGGCAGGUUGGUUUGUGGUUGGAUUCUGGUGGAGGAAAACUGCCAAAACUCCCCAUCCGCCUGGGAUGGGGCCACAUGCUGAAGAGCAGCCGUGCAAGGAAAAAACGGCGCAUGCAGGCGACAGGCCUGGACGGGGGAUCCUGGGCUGUGGUGAUGAUGGGACACAAUUGGGGAGGCCUAGUGGCCACAGGAGGGGACAACAGCAGGGCGUGAAAGAACUGAAGCAUACUGGAGGUAUUCAAGAGCACAAGCAAGAGGGGAGGAGGCGGAUUUGAGAGCGCUGCCGCAGCCCCGGCUGGGCAGGAGGUGGGAAGAAACAGAUAUAAUUAGCAAGUGCUGGAAAGAAGACAAGGGGGCACAGAGAGGUGCUGCCAGUCAGCUGCCGGACGUCGCAUUUCCCACCCAUGCGGUGGCAGCUCGGUAGUCUUGCAGCGCCUGCAGCUGCACCGCCGCGCCCUGCUGCAAGUUGAGCAGCGGCACGGGCAGCGCUGCCAGGCUGGCGUUGAGCGCCGCUGAGCUGGCGGCAGCCGCUGGCUGGCCGCUGCCGGCAAG